AUGUCGUGGUACUCAAACAUUCUCACAAACACAACUUCGCGCAUCAACAACCUCCAGCGUAGCUUCCUCGGUGGCGAGACGGACGGCGACACCGAAGACGACACCCACGUCUGCCGCGUUCUGCGCCAACACUACACGGAGAAAGGGCGGCCCUUUCCAGGCUGGCUACCGCCCGACCCCAAGGCGCCGCCCCCGGUCCAACCCGUCCUUGCGCAGAAUAGCGGUGUCGGCUCACGAUAUGGCGGCCUCACACAACAAGGAGGAGGAGGUAGCCUGAGCAGCUUGUGGGAUAACAACCCGGUUUCGCAGCCACAGGACAGUCAGAGCUUGAGACGAGGCAGGGGAGCGCCACCCCCCACGAGAGGCAACGAUCCCAGGAACAACCCGAUGAAUCCUUUUAAUAGCGGCUCAGGCGGUGGUGGUCGUGAUGACAUACAAGCCCGGCCACUGCCCAGUCAAAGAGCGGGCAGCUAUCAGAGCGCAAACAUGUUACAGGCACCGGCCGGGGGUUCAGCCGGCGGAAGCGCUCAAGACCGGUUGAGGCAGCGGCUAUGGGGAGGUUCUAGGACGGCGAGCCCAGCGGCCAACAGUCCGUUCAGCCCACCACCGCAGCAAAGUAGUUCACGAGGAGCAAGCACAGAUGAUUACGAUUCACGAUUUGCACCCGGAGGCACCUACGACCCAAGUGGUGGCGGUAGCAGGGGCGGCGACAAGCCGUUCAUGGCUUCAAAUUCGCCAUGGGCCACGGACGAGAGCCAAAUGUAUGGCGGUGGAGGAGGUGGCAGUGGCAGAUCAGGGGGACUUCCAGGGGCUAAUAGAAGGGCGGGCCUUCCCAGUGGUCCGCGCAUGAGAUAA